AUGGAGGAAGCUAGUUUGUGCCUUGGUGUUUCUUCAGCAGGACCAGAAUCCGAGGCCCACCUCAACAGCUCCUUGCUCAAUGGCCGGUAUUCAAUGAGUCAGAAGUUGCACCAGAUCACUUCCCAGCUCACCCAUGCCUUUCCUGAGCUUCAGACCAGACAGAGCCCUGAGGAAAAGGCGGUGGCACUUCUAGAAGACAAGAGCCACAUCUCCUUAGCCAACCAGCCUAUUAGCAGUCAGAUGGCCCUCUUGGCCAAUCAACUCAACCGAGAAGUUGAUACCAGUUUAAACGGGAGGGUAGAUCUACAGCAGUUCUUAAAUGGACAGAACCUAGGCAUCAUGUCUCAGAUGAGUGACAUAGAGGACGACGCUAGGAAGAACAGGAAAUACCCAUGUCCCCUGUGCGGGAAGCGCUUUCGUUUUAACAGCAUCCUGUCACUACACAUGCGCACCCAUACUGGGGAGAAACCAUUUAAGUGCCCCUAUUGUGACCACAGAGCAGCUCAGAAGGGAAACUUGAAGAUACACCUGCGUACCCACAAGCUUGGAAACCUGGGCAAAGGCCGUGGGCGGGUCCGAGAAGAGAACCGGCUCUUGCACGAGUUGGAAGAACGGGCCAUCCUGAGGGACAAGCAGAUGAAAAGCAGCCUUCUGCAACCCAGGCCUGAUGUCAAAGUCCACCCUCACACUCAGCCUGUCCCUCUGGCUAAUUGCAACAUACCCAUGUCCACAAACCACAACACCCCUGAUAUGUCUAACCCGGUUCCCUCUCCGAAACCUGCCAGCCUCCAGGAAGAAGUGGUUGCCACGGCUGCUGGCUUUAGAUGUACUUUUUGCAAAGGGAAGUUCAAGAAACGGGAGGAGCUGGACCGCCACAUCCGCAUCCUCCACAAGCCUUACAAGUGUACUUUGUGCGACUUCGCGGCAUCCCAGGAGGAGGAGCUGAUCAGCCACGUGGAGAAAGCUCACAUCACCGCCGAGUCCGCUCAGGGCCAGGGUUCCAAUGGAAACGGGGAGCAAGCGGCCAAUGAGUUCCGGUGCGAAGUGUGCGGCCAGGUCUUCAGCCAAGCCUGGUUCCUGAAGGGCCACAUGAGGAAGCACAAGGACUCCUUUGAGCACUGUUGCCAAAUCUGCGGGAGGCGCUUCAAGGAGCCGUGGUUCCUCAAGAACCACAUGAAAGUCCACCUGAAUAAGUUGUCGGUGAAGAACAAACCCCCCAGUGAUGCAGAGGUCCCCAUGCCUGUGGGGAGCAUGUCCCAGGAAGCUCACGCCAACCUGUACUCCAGAUACUUGUCCUGUCUGCAGAGUGGUUUCCUGCCCCCAGACAAAGCUGGCCUCGGCGAGCAGAACCCAGCUUACAGUAAAGGGGAUUUGCCCAUGAAAGAACGCGAAGUCCUGGGCAAGCUCCUGUCUCCUAUUGCUAGCCUCGGACACAGUCUUGCUGAAGGGGACAAGCAUUCCUUAUUGGGUUGUCUUAACCUUGUGCCUCCACUCAAAUCGAGCUGCAUAGAGAGGCUGCAGGCUGCCGCCAAAGCUGCUGAGAUGGACCCUGUGAACAGCUACCAAGCUUGGCAGCUCAUGGCGAGGGGAAUGGCCGUGGAACAUGGCUUCUUGACGAAAGAGCACCAGAUUCAGCGGAGCCACGAAGACCCCUUGGCAAACGCCGGAGUUCUGUUUGAUAAGGAGAAGCGGGAGUACGUGUUAGUAGGAGCAGAUGGUUCCAAGCAGAAAAUGCCUGCUGAUUUGGUUCACAGCACUAAAAUGGGCAAUCAGAGAGACUUGUCAAACAAACUGGACCCUUUGGAAGGGAGCAGGGAUUUCCUGCCUCACGGUAUGAAUCCGGGGCUCGACUACAACAUGCAGAGUCACGGCGGUACCAAGGAGAAGCCCACCGAGUGUCCCGACUGCGGGAGAGUCUUCAGAACCUACCACCAAGUGGUGGUUCAUUCCAGAGUCCACAAGAGGGACAGGAAGGCGGAAGAGGAGAUCCUCCAGGGGAGCAUCGAUGAGCGCCGUGGGUCUGGAAGCGAUCAGGAAUCCCAGUCCGUCAGCCGAUCAACCACGCCCGGCUCCUCCAACAUCACUGAGGAAAGCGGGAUGGGCGGAGGCCUCUCGCAGACAGGAAGUGCUCAGGAAGACAGUCCCCAUCCAUCUUCACCUUCUUCCUCAGAUGUUGGAGAGGAAGCUGGAAGAUCUGCCGGCAUCCAGCAGUCAUCACUGCUGAGAGAUAGGAGCCUUGGGUCUGCUCUGAAGGACUGUCCCUACUGUGGGAAAACAUUCAGGACAUCCCAUCACUUAAAAGUUCACUUGAGGAUACACACAGGUGAGAAACCUUACAAAUGCCCCCACUGUGAUUAUGCUGGUACCCAAUCUGCAUCAUUGAAAUACCACCUGGAACGACACCACCGGGAGCGGCAGAAUGGUGCUGGGUCGCUCUCCGGACAGUCUCAAAGUCAAGAGCACAAAGAAGAAACAUCAAGUAAAGGAUCCAUGUUUGUUAGACCUGAAGUACUGAGAGGAGCAUUCAAGGGUCUUCCUGGCAUAGAUUUCCGAAGUGGGAUGGGGUCUCAACAGUGGUCCCCAGGAAUGCUUUCCCCGGGAGACCACACAGGUCAUUCGGUUGGUAUCUCCUCCGAGGUUUCCUCUGACAAUAUGAAGGACACGCCUUCCAAAGGGACCCGCUUUUCUGACCUAGGCCGAGCAUAUCAUAGUAUGGUUGGAAACGGAGUGAACUUCCAAGGGUCUCUUCAAGCGUUUAUGGACAGCUUCGUCCUCAGUUCCUUAAAGAAAGAAAAAGAAAAGAAAGACAAAGUCCUCUCCAGUUGCCUUUCCGCAAAACUUUUGGGCUCAGAGAGUAGUGAGGAAAAGGUGCCCGUCAAACAGAGAAAAACAGAAAAAUCGCAAUAUGAGCCUCUUGAUCUCUCUGUCAGGCCAGAUGCCGGGAGUCUCCCAGGUUCAUCCAUUACCGUUCAAGACAAUAUUGCUUGGCACGGCUGCUUGUUUUGCUCCUUCACAACGUCUUCUAUGGAACUAAUGGCCCUUCAUCUUCAAGCCAAUCAUUUAGGCAAAGCGAAGCGCAAAGAUGGUGUUUUAGGAUCGAUUAGAAAUGGUAAAGACCAACCUAGAGAGGCCAUGGCUUCAACAAAUAAGGCCAACCUCCUGCCGACUUCUUUACAGUCCAAUAAAGAUUCAGCCGUUUCAAAUCUGGUAGCUCAAGUGGAUCCUUCUGAAAGAAUGAGCCAGGGAUCCAAGGAGUCUCCUGGAGAUCAAAAGAAUUCCUCGUGGCCUGGUCACGUGGACUCCACUUUUUAUAAUUUUGCCGCUGACUUCUAUAAACAAUUUGGCGUGUACUCCGGCAUCGGCGGAGCACACAAUUCUUGCACCACUGCGGACAUGGACCUGAAAACCCAGUCUGAAGAUGACCCACCCAUGAUGCUCUCUGACCCCAUCAGUAAAAAUGCUACUGAUGACCUGUCCGACAUUGCAUCCUCUGAAGAUAUGGAGUCUUCCAAGGAAGAAACGAUCGAUGAGGAUGACCUUGAGCCCGAAUCUGACCUUAUGAACCAACCCUUGCCCAAUCCAAGCAAAGAUAGCAGUGACAGAGGAGACAGCCUACCAAGCUCCGUGGCCUCCAAAAACUCACAAGGACUCGUUUCUCCUUUGCCAUCUUCUGAAAAGCAAUGGCACACUUUGAAUCUGCUUUCCCCCCACGAAGCCGCACAAGUAGUCAUGAAACCCGAACCAACGUCAACCCCACAAGUCCUGGAGAAGCAAGUAAACAUGCUGUCGGUGCUAAGAGCCUACAGCUCUGAUGGCUUAGCAGCCUUUAAUGGACUGAGUAGUAGCACAGGAAGUAGUGGAUAUAUCAAGAGGCCUGACUUGUGUGGUCACAGGCCUUUCCAGUGUAGAUACUGCCCCUACAGUGCCUCUCAGAAGGAACAUCUGAACCACGUUCUCUGCGUCCGCAUGCCUUUUGACAACAGCAGUACCCCGACGCCGAGGUUCAAGCGCUCCAGAGUUGACUCCGAGACUUCUGGCUUAGAAGAAACCUCUGCCAUCAAACUCGGCAGCCUCAGCAGAGUCAACCGAGAGGAAGGCAGCAAAGUCUCACGAAUAAUGCAACUGAACAACUCCAACUGUGCACUGCAAUAUUACUCUCGGUUUGACGACAAGCAUUGGAAUCCCAGAAUGUGGGCUUAA